AUGGAUGCGCCAAUGAAACUGACUUCGCCUGCCACUGUGCCUCAGGCAACAUUAUCGGUCGGGCGACAGCGUGUAUUGAGCAAGGCUGCAACAAAUCGGACGAAGAUAUCACAAUUGAAAAAGUACGAUCUGGGUGCAGAGCUCUGGGAGGAAACAUUGAGAGCGAUGAAGUCAAAACCGAAAGGCCCAGAUGAUAUGGAGUCACAAGCUAUACCCGCACCAUCAACGCCCAAUGGCACGCCGUCAGCGUCUCCAUCUUGGGACAGGGUACCUACAUCAACCAACCAACCGAUACCGACAGGUAUGCCCCUCGCCCUCCUUCCUCCAUCAGACCAGCUCUCAGUGGGCGCCAAAGUCGGCAUCUUCUUCAGCGUAUCCUUCUUGGCCCUAUCCAUCUUCUUCGCGCUUGGGUGGUAUAUCCGUCGGCUGAAACGCGAACUCAAAGCGGCUCACAGAGCAGCCGCUGGUAUUCCCGAUGACAUAUGGCACUCUAGUAUCGCCACAGAAACAGCCCCAGGGGGUAUUGAACGGCAGUCCAGCUUUGGGCGAGGGCGGCGAUCGAGCAGGUACGGAAGGGAGAGCCCAGUGUCGCCAUUGUCGCCGCGCGACAUGCAAGAAAUAGUGACAGUGACGGAUAACGGUUACGGUGUGCUGAAGAAGAAACGUGGCCAUGUUUUGUCUGUAGUUGUUGAGCGUGAGGAGGAGGACGGUCACUCGAUGAAUCGGAUUAUUCGGGAACCUGUGCCUGGGCAAAGGGAGGGGCUGAGCGGGCCGCUGGAACUAGACGGGGAGGGUACAGGGAUCGUGGAAUUGCCGAUUGCUGUCACGCCGCGGGAGAGAAGUGCAGAGAGGCUGAGAUAG